ACAAAACGUACACGGACCAUUGACGCCUGGCUUAAACGAGAGGCGCGAAUGCCUUUGUUGAUUUUACUAGUUGGCAUGAACGAUUCCGGGACAUCAACAUUCUUCAAACAAAUACGUCUUAUCAACGGAGAGGACUUCAACCUUAAACAACGGCUUGGAUUCAGAGAAGCAAUUUACGAAAACAUCAUACAGGGUAUGUGGGUGUUGGUCAAAGAACGAAAUAAGUUGGGCAUUCCUUUGCAAAACUCUGCCAAUGAAAUACACGAGAUAUCAUUUACAUCAGAUGACUGCUUGAGAGUGAAAUUUACUGAGCCCAGUGCAUUUCAGCCCUAUGUUGAAGCUGUGGAUUCUCUCUGGAAGGAUUCUGGGAUUCAGGAAACUUAUCGCAGGAGCGACUUUAAGGGGCAUGAGUAUUUUAUUUGCGACUCAGUCAAGUACCACUUUGACAAUAUUCAACGUAUUGGCCAACUGGACUAUUUACCACACAAUCAAGACAUUCUUCAUGCACGCAGUCGCUGGACAACCCUAGAAGACAUGUAUUAUGUGCUCCGUGAUACCCCUUUUGUGGUAGCACAAUCAUCUAUCCUGCCUUUUAUUGCAAGGAUGAAGUUUAACUUCCGUGACACAACAAUACUGUUUAUAAUUGGAUCCAGUGAUUAUGACCGAAUGUUAUAUGACAGCAACUGCCUUGCUGACUCGUUGAGUAUAUUCAAAUCUAUUAUCAAUCAUAAAUACUACAGCAGCAGCACCAUCAUCCUCCUCUUUAACAAAAUGGACCUGCUGAGAGAAAAAGUCCAAACUGCAGAUAUCCGGAAGCAUUUUCCUGAGUUUCAAGGUGAUCCUCACAGGCUGGAGGACGUGCAGAAAUUCUUGGUUCAAAGCUUUAAAAUGAGGAAGCUAAAAAACAGCGGGCCAAUUUACUACCACAUGAUCACUGCAGUGGACACAGAGAAUAUUCGGACUGUGUACAACACCAUUAAACAUGCAAUAUUAAGCAAGAACUUCAAAGACUUUUUACAGCUGUAGGAUAGCGUGUCCACAAAAGAAGGUUUGUGAGUUACUGAAAACAAAUAAUUACCUUAAAGUAUAGGUCUCGAACUCGAUUCCUGGUGGACCGCAGCUCUGCAGUUUUGCUCCAACACUAAUCAAACACAGCUGAUCCAACUAAUCAAGGAGUUCAAAGCUUCUAGAGACUAUAAUGCUGCGUUCAAACCAGACGCAGAAGAAGCAUCAAGCGCGAGUGAUUUACAUGUUAAGUCAAUGCAAAGACGCAAAUAGACAUCCUGCACCAUAUGCACGAAUGAGGCGGCUCGAGUCGUAAAAUCUGAACUUCAGCGGACAUUCGUGCAGUGUUAACCAGUCAGUAGCUUUCCCUAGUAGGGGCGUGAUUAUGAUGUAUCGCUUGUUGUUGGUGUCCAGGAGUGAAAUCUUCCUGCCGACACCAGACAACAGUUCAUCAAACUGCGCUCGGCUCAGUCUAAAGCACUGCUGAAAGCUUCCAUCAUCCAGGUAUAGUUUUUUGGAGGACUUUAUGAGCUCACAGAGCAUGGUGCACCUCAGAAUGGAUCUAGUGGACUCUAGGCAUGGCUCCAAACGAUUCAUCGCUGUUUUUCAGCCUUCAUAAAAACACAUAAACACAGUUAUUCUCUCAAUAAAAUCCAUGUCCGAAGAAUCCGAAGCUAAAGUCACCGGGCAGACAGAAGCCCUGCCUAUCACACAAAUCUGUGUCCAUUGUGAAGUGAAUUUGACACGUGAAUGAAUCGAGUAAUCUCAUAAUGUUUAUUACACGAUUUAUCAGCGCUUACUGCGUCUGGUGUUAACACAGCAUUAAGCAGGUGUGAGUUGGUGGUGGUUGGAGGUAAACUUUGCAGAGCUGCAGCCCUCCAGGAAUUGAGUUUGAGAUCAUUGCCUUAAAGGGUAGUUCAUCCAAGAAAAUGAAAAUUCUGUCAUCAUUUAGUCACUGGUCAUUUGUCCAAAAUUUGAGUUUCUUUCUUCUGUUGAACUCAAAAAUUCUUGAAAAAAGCUGUUUACUUGAAUCCGUUGACUUCCAUAGCUUUUUUUUCUUCUUUGAAAGUUGAUUGGUGCCAACAUCCAGCUUUCUUCAAAAACCACACAAAAGGUUCAAAACCACACAAGGGUGAGUAAAUGAUGAUGUAAUUUUCAUUAGUGGGUGAAAUAUCCCUUUUAAAUUGAUGAUCUGAAUAGCUGCAUGAAUUAAAAAUUUGUAGUUAUUAAGUAAAUAAUAGUCUGUAGUUAUAAAGUAAAUAAUAUACCAUUUCAUGAGUGAGUGCAUAUUCUGUGCUUCUGGAUGGCUGUAUUUAAAUUUCUGUCAUGCUUCCUCAGGUACAAACAGCCAAAUUGCAACCGGGGGUGCUGUAAUGUAAUUGGCUAAACUGUCAUUGGGUGGGUUAAAGAGACCAAAACCAAGAUAAACGUUCCAGCACAGAAUGCACAUUUUCAGAGCAGAAUAUCCGACUUCAGUAUUGUCUUUCAGAUGAACAGGAAUGUUCACUUGGCAUGUUUAUUAAAUAUCUGCAAACA